AUGAAGUCCAAGCACAUGGUGACCGCUCCCGCGAUGCUAAACAACCUCUACAAGUUGAACCUGAUGUUGACAGUGUACGAGGAGGCAUGGGAGGAUUUACGCUCAAACAAGCUGGAUGUUCUGUAUUAUUUUGCGACUGUGGGAGGGCGUAGGAGUUUUUCACAACUCUGGGAGGUUGCGUCGCUCGAUGGUCUGGAGAGAUGCCUGCCUUUCGACGAAAUGGGGCGCUACAAACAAUUUGGUUUCGUCCCGCCGAUGGCAGGUGUUGAACAGCAGGUGUCACAGGUCGCUAGUGCGAGCAUUAUGGAUACGUUCACUUACUCCGAGGGGAGCGGUGCAAAGUACCGGAGAUAUAGGGUAAACGGCAGAUACACGACGCCAGCGAGAAAUGUUCCAAAGAGCUGUGUGGGGUUGAUGCUUUUUAGACUGUGGCACAACGUUGGCUUCAUGAGCCAGAUCCGGGGGCUCUUCCCAGUGUUCGGUAAUCUACGUUACUUUUCGCAGCUUGUUACAACUGAUCAAUCUCAAUUCGACUUCAAGCCGCCGGUGGGGAGAAAAGGUUACCGAGCCCACACCCUUAAUCCUUUCUCAGGAUUCAGUGGACUACAGCAUAGCUCUCAAUUUGUUAUCUAA